AACUGAUGAGCAAAUCCCCUAUCGAGGACGAAAAGCAAAAACAACACAAAAUGUUUUGUGCGUUUGUUCUUUUGAUAUGCUAUUUACUUAUGUAAUAGGAGGAUGGAAAGGCACUGCGAAUGAUGCUAGAAUACUAAUGGAGACAAUCGCAAAUCCAGAUAAUGAUUUUCCAAUGCCACCAAAAGGUAUGAUAUCUACAUUUCAUUCAUUUAUUAAUACAAUAUGAGUGAUAGUGAGAUCUUAUUAGUUUAUUUUCAACAUAUUCAUUUAGGUAAAUAUUAUCUUGUGGACUCUGGAUUUCAAAAUAUCCCUGGAUUUCUAGCACCAUUUCGAGGAGCUACCCGUCUUUUUCAAUAGAUGAGGCGUAGAGGCGGACCAAGAGGGCGUAAAGAAUUAUUCAACUUCCGGCAUUCAAGUCUGCGUAAUGUGAUUGAGCGUUGCUUCGGAGUUUUAAAGGCAAGGUUUCCGAUUCUAAAGUUCAUGCGGUCGUACAGCUUGAGGAAGCAAACACGUAUUGUCAUUGCUUGUUGCGCCUUACAUAAUUUCAUCAAGAUUCAUGCCGAAGAUGAUAAACUAUGUCAUGAAUAUGAAAAUUAUGAAGAUGAAGAAGGUUUGACUUCUGGGGUUGAACUACCACUCACUGAGUUCAACGUCAGCUAUGCAGCAACACGUGAGAUGACCGAGAAGCGUGAUGCCAUUGCUAACCAGUUAUGGAGUGAUAAUCAUGUUUAGUAUUAUUUUGUAUGUAAGGAACAUGAAAGAUGUUAGGCAAAUUGAAUUUUGUGAGACUUUGCUUAAUAUUGAGGACAUAUCUCUUUUUGUUUUUGUUUUUAGUUCUUACAGUAGUAACUAAACGCGUUUUUGUUUCUUGUUGUCAGCUUUCAUGAUUUUUCGGAUUUAUCAACUAAACAUGUUUGUGUUUUCUGUUUUUUUCCUGUUGUGGUUGUACAUCUGUUUACACAACACCACUGCAACCACAACAACAACAAAAUUAUACUAAACGGAGGAUAAGUAAAUUCAUAGUGGAAUGCAAAUAGUACACCACAUGAGAUGGUUGAUCAAGAUUCACUUACAAGAACUUUAUAUGAUCACAAAACAUAUAUGGAUUCAAAUUUUGAAAUUAUUAAUAAUAACAAGUAAAGUUUAUGAUAUGGAAUUCAUUUGCACACUACUAAUCCCAUGUCUCUUGGUCUCUUCAAUUCUUUAGACUUUUACCCAAUACAUAUUCCUUCCUUUGCUCAAAGUUCUAAAACACACUCCCCCUAUAUCACACAUUUUUGUUUAUAUUUUUUUUGCAUUACUUCAGUCACUAUAACUUUUUUAUCAUACACAUCCAUAAAGGUUCAAGUACAAAGUCAUACACAUGGAAAGUAAAAGUUUGGUACUCGACCAAUAGUUGAACUACCCAUGAAAUGCCCUUUUGUGCCACAAGGUGGGCGGUCCUAUUACAACGACAAUGAGCGAAGGAGCAUGAAAAUCCAGUGUAGUGAGGGAGAAUCGCUAACAUCUUCCAUAAUAAAGUCGUCCAAAUCAUGUGUUGUAUCACCCGCCAGCACUCAGUCGAAUCACCAAUAGUGAGUCAACGACUAAAUGGACAAUAAGAAAUCCGUGGGGUUAAACAUUAAUGUAAGGUAACACAAAAAAAAAACUAGCAAUUCCAUUAGAAAUGGAUCAUGAAUACCAUCAUAGAGUUUACCGGAUGCAAGUAUAACCUUGCACAAAACAUCAAAACCCACAAAAUCGGUCCCAAUAUCAUAAUUGCAUUUCAUUGAUCCACCAAAACAUACCAAAAUGCCAUUUAGAGGGAAUACAAGACUUAUCGUUAGCUGAGACGAGUCAGAUUCAGUCCCUUUAGUAUGAUGUAUGCCUUGCCAUGUACAUGAAGGGACCUCGAGAAAGUGAUAAUGAGGAUGGUAACACACUUUGAAGAUGCGAGCCAAACAUCUGUUUGGAUUAAGAAGAUGCCUUCAACCCUAAUUUAGCAAGCAAGGUAGGGUUAAAACAAUCAGUCAUGAAAUCCUAGCCCCCUUCAAACUUGCGUUGACAAACAAUGGACCACAACACCCAAUGAAUGCCUUUCUCUUUGUCUUGAUCCAUCCACCACAAUCGUGAGAGCUAACUGUUACACUUGCGACAAGAAGUGGUGGACAAUCUAAAGAAGACAUAGCAUUGAUAGGAUUAACAUAACCUAUAGCUUUAAUACAACUUCCUUGGUUGCCAGCGAUAUUGCUUUUGAACUUCCAACUCCUUAUCCAUGCUAUCAAAGAUUCCUUGAUAAAUUGGAAUACAUAAACCUUAGACCUAUGAACUUGUGUUGGCAUCCCAAGGUACCUGGCCUCCGUGCCCAUAAUGGAUACACCAAGGAAUGAGCUUAUGGCCUGUAGCUCAUGAUCAAACACGUUGGCACUCACAAAAAACGAAGAUUUUUGUAGAUUUACUCAUUGAACACUCAUUCUACCUUAAUCAUUAAGCACAUAUAAGAGGUUAAUACAUUCAGAAGCUGAAGCACAAAUAAAUAGAUAAGAAUCAU